AAUUCUCGUCCUUUGCAAAUGAGGCGUGUUCAUACUUUUGUCAGCCGACUUUUACUUCAACGAUCAUAAGACUUGCAUUUUAUUCCGUAGCGCAGGAUGGCUUCGUUUGUUAGUGUGUUUUGUCUCUCUCACUUGCUCUUUCUAACGAUAAUCAGUACAUUAACAUGGACUGCUAGUGCAAAGCGAACAUUUCAGAUUGAUUAUGAGAAUAACUGUUUCAAGAAGGAUGGAGAGUCAUUUCGAUACAUCUCUGGCAGUAUUCACUAUUCACGGGUGCCUCAGUACUACUGGAAGGACCGUUUACUGAAAAUGUAUAUGGCAGGACUUAAUGCAGUUCAGACGUAUGUACCUUGGAACUUUCAUGAAGUUAUGCCAAAAAAGUUUGUUUUUGAUGGAGACAGGGAUUUGGAACACUUUUUACAGCUGGCUAACGAUUCUGGAUUGUUGGUAAUUUUAAGACCCGGUCCAUACAUCUGUGCUGAAUGGGACAUGGGAAGCUUGCCUGCGUGGAUAUUAAAGAAAGAUAGUGUUGUUCUUCGUUCUAGUGACCCAGAUUAUCUUGCAGCUGUGGACCAGUGGAUGAAUGUACUGCUACCAAAAAUUAGACCUUUACUAUAUAAUAAUGGAGGACCAAUCAUAUCUGUACAGGUAGAAAAUGAGUAUGGGAGUUACUUUGCGUGUGACCAUGAUUAUCUCCGCCAUCUUGUAAAACUUUUCCGAUAUCAUCUUGGUGAUGAAGUUGUUCUGUUUUCAACUGAUGGCUCGUCAUUGCAUAAUGUUCAGUGUGGAACUGUUGAUGGACUCUACGCAGCAGUUGACUUUGGACCAACUGAAGAUAUUACCAAAUGCUUUGAAGUUCAGAGGCAUUUUGAGCCCAAAGGACCAUUGAUAAACUCUGAACUGUAUACAGGCUGGCUUGAUCACUGGGGUGAAAAGCAUCAGGUUGUUGCCACAAGUGUCAUAACCAGAGCUCUAGAUACAGUUCUUGGACUUGGAGCAAAUGUUAACAUGUACAUGUUUAUAGGAGGAACCAAUUUUGGAUAUUGGAAUGGUGCAAACACUCCAUAUGCAGCCCAGCCCACUAGCUAUGAUUACGAUGCCCCAUUAUCUGAAGCAGGGGACUUAACUGUUAAAUACUUUGCUAUAAGAGAAGUUAUUAGGAAGUAUGGAAAGAUACCUGAUGGCACAAUUCCUGCCAGGACAGAAAAAUACUCUGUUGGUGCUUUAAAAGAGAACAAGAUCCACAUUCUGUCUGAGAUGCUUGAUGUACUGUGUCCCUCAGGACCAGUGAAGAGUGUUUAUCCUUUAAACUUUGUUCAACUGAACCAGUAUUUUGGAUUUGUGCUGUAUAGAACUUUACUGCCAAAGGACUGCAGCAGCCCAACAUCACUCUCUUCUCCAUUAAAUGGAGUUCAUGAUCGUGCCUAUAUCACGGUGGAUGGGGUACCACAGGGAGUUCUUGAAAGAGAUAAAAUGCUUUCCAUAAACAUAACUGGGAAAUCUGGAGCAACACUUGACAUACUUGUGGAAAACCAAGGCCGGGUCAACUUUGGCAAAUACAUUAAUGAUUUUAAGGGCCUAGUAACAAAUCUUACUUUAGGUGAAGAUUUAUUGACUGGCUGGACCAUGUACCCAUUACGUAUUGAUGAUGCUGUAGGCCAAGGCCUGAAGGAAAAGAGUCAUAAAUCAUUCCUAAGCUCUACAUCCUCAACUUUUUCUGCACCUGCAUUUUAUAUUGGCAGUUUUGACAUUCCAAGUGGAAUUCCAGACCUACCUCAGGACACAUUCAUCAACUUCCCAGGGUGGACCAAGGGGCAAAUAUGGAUCAAUGGUUUUAACUUGGGUCGUUACUGGCCUGCAAGAGGUCCCCAGAUAACUCUGUAUGUUCCCAGGCACAUUCUCUCUACUUCUGCACCAAACAACAUUACAGUGUUGGAACUGGAAAAAUCCCCAUGUGAUGUCAAACCUUGUGUUGUAGAGUUUGUGGAUACACCUGUUCUGAAUGCCACAGUUUCUAACAUUUUCCCUGGUAGAAAGCUCUUUGCAGGAGGUCACUAAAUGAUGGACUUUUAAUGCUGUAAUACAUUUUGUACACGGUUCUUAUUUAGAUACUAUUGUGUUCAGAUAUUCAUUCUUGGUGAUUAACAAAACAGGAAAAUGUUGAGCUAAAUGUAUUUGAUCUAUCCUGGCACUUAUUUUUAACAGUGCAGAACUAUAUGCAGAUCUCAGGGACUUUCAUUUGUACUGUUCAGUGGGCUUUCAGUCAGAAGUGAGAACUGAUUGGUAUGUUUUUGAAGUGAACCAAUGUAUUCAUCGUGAAAACCAUCUGACAUCCAGUCUUUGUAAAUAUGUGAUACUGUGGUAAUUUAAAAUGGGCAAGUGGGAUCACAAGAUACAGUAAAGGUGUGGGGGGAAAUGGUUGUUUUUCCAUUAGCCUGCUUGCUUUCUCAGGGUAUCAGAAACAAUUUCCUUGAACUGGUGAGCUCUGUGACAAAAAAGGGGGGGGGGACCCAAUCUUAUACAAACACUUCCUUAUAAAUGCUUCAAGUAGUUUGCACUUUUGACAUUUUUAAAACAUUUGAGUGAAAGUGGCUUCAUCUUUUCCUGCACUACUCUGCAGUGUUGACUGUUCUGAGUUUCAAAGCCAAAUUAUGGAUUCAUUCUAUUAUAUUUUCUUUCAUUGUAACUUAUUCUUUGGGACAAGUAAAGCAUGCUCAGGCCUUCAUAGUUGAAACAGUUUUUGGUUCUUUAGGUGUGAUACUCACGUUAUGUUAUAGAAAAGGGAAUGCAUUUUACUGUGAGUUUAUCACCAAAUGAAUCUUAUUUUUCCCUAGUGUCAUAAGAUUCCAAAACUGGUGGCACUGAGAUAGUGGUAUUAGACACCCAUCGCUUUACACAGUUUAUUUCUGAAUUCCCACUUUAAUAUAGCUGAACUUCAGCCAGGUGUCAGAUGAGCUGAAUUGUCAGUAUAACAUAACGCACUUUCAUUAAUCACUCAGCUUGCACAGUGCUUUGUUCCCAGAUAGUCGUGAUAUGCACACAACACAUUCAGCAAGGCAGACUGAUGGUGGGUGACAAAUUCUCAACAUGUGCCUUUUUCUUUUUUAAAUCUUUUUUUUUUUUUUUUUUUUUUUUUUUUUUUUGCAUAAGCUCAGACUCUCAUAGUAGAAAACAUGUUUUUCUGUUUGUUUUUUCUUUUAAUUUGCAAAUAGCUGUUGUAUUCUCUUCAAUACUUGUCACAUCAUUUGUUGUAUUUUAUGGUUGCAUUUGCAAGUUGGAUUUUAGAAUUUACUGUGAAGUUCUGUCUUACUAUGGGAAUUUCACUGUGCAAAGUCUUGCUGUGUGAGGUGUUUUAAAGUCAGUGUGUAAGUGCUCAGUCUCUGUUAAAAGUGAUUCAGAAUAAUGUUUUUUGCGUAAUAUAAUUAUAUAGUGACAAAAAUAAAGAAUGUUGUUGUCCAGGGA